ACGCUCCCAUUUAAACAGGUGACACGGGCCUGGAGGGCUCAGUCCUUCUUUAUCAGUUGGUUUUCUAACAUUCCAACUUCAAGUCAUCCAUCGACAUCAAACACGAACUUCUCUGAUGUGGAUCUAGUCCUUAUUACCGAAUGGUUCUCUAGCUUGGCAUCUUCGAGGCCUCAUUCGAUAAAAAAAGAAAAAAGAAAGAAAGAAAGACAAAACACAAGUUGAUCCAUGUGAUCUGGACACGGGCGCAGACAGCCAAGAAGUUACUACAACAAGUGUUAAUCGGGGGCGACGGCAUAUCCUGACUAGGCACUAAAGGAAUUGAGGGAUGGCUAGCGGCAAAGAAGGGGGCUUACCUAACCCCGCCUUCGUUCAAGACGACAGCUCCUCUGAAGGUGUGUCAUCUAUAUCGGGGUCCCUGAAGGAACGCAAAACAUCACAAGAUUCUCGUUCCCUACGAUCGUCGACCAAAGAUGCCCGGAAGGAGAGCAAGUCCGUGCCCCACAAGGUCAUCACGGAAGAGGAGAAAGCGGAAAAAUUCGCCAUCUUGAAAAACAUCAUCAUCAUUUCGGUAGCUUUCAUCUUCCUGUUCACGGCUUACAACUCCAUGGCGAAUCUCCAGUCUUCAAUUAACAAAGAGAUGGGCACGGCCGCCCUCUCUACCCUGUACGGUGCCCUGGUCGUUUCCUGCUGCUUCGUGCCCUCCUGGCUGAUCAAAAGGCUGAAGGAGAAGCAUACCCUCGCGCUCUGCAUGUUGGGGUACACGUCUUACAUCGCUGCCCAGUUCUAUCCACAGUACUACACCCUCAUACCCACGGCCAUUCUCCUGGGUAUAGGCGCGGCGCCCAUGUGGUCAUCCAAGUGCACUUACCUCACUAAGGUCGGAACCCGCUACGCUUACAUCGUCGGGGAAAAUCCGGAAGUGAUCAUAACCCGUUUUUUCGGCAUAUUCUUCUUGUUCUUCCAGUCGACGCAGGUUUGGGGGAACCUGAUUACUUCCACAGUCCUGUCCGUCGGCGCCGAGGACCCCGUGAAAUCCGAGGAAGACCUGGCGACCUGCGGCUACGAGUUCUGCCCUUGGUACAACGUGAGCGGCGGCAACUCGACGGAGAUCCCCAAAUGGCAGAUGUACACCAUGUCCUCCAUCUACCUGGUCUUCGCCCUUCUGGCCUCUCUCAUCAUCUUCCUCUUCUUGGACCCUCUGACGAAAUUCAAGAACAUCGACACCAAGACUUCCAACGAGGAACGAACGGGGAUCCAGCUCCUGCUGGCAACCUUCAACCACAUGAGGCAUCCUUACCAGCUCCUCAUCUUCCCUCUCACCAUCUGGUCUGGGGUCGAGCAGGCUUUCCUCAGCGCUGAUUUUACUGCUGCAUACGUAUCUUGCGGCCUUGGCGUCCACAUGGUCGGCUAUGUCCUGAUCUGCUACGGCGCCUGCGACGUUAUAGGUUCCAUAUCCUUCACGCCCUUGGUGAAGAGCGUGGGGCGUGUCCCCGUCUUCCUUCUGGGGUUCUCCAUCAACUUGAGCGUCAUCAUCACACUCAUCUACUGGAUGCCGAACCCCGACCAAGUUCCCGUUUUCUUCGUCCUGGCUGGGCUGUGGGGCUUCGCUGAUGCCAUAUGGCAGACGCAGAUAAAUGCGUUCUACGGCGUGAUAUUCCCAGGGGAGAGCGAAGCCGCCUUCAGCAACUACCGCCUGUGGGAGUCGUUGGGCUUCAUCAUUGCCUACGCCUGCAGCACCGUCACCUGCAUCCCGGACAAGAUCGUCACCCUCCUGGUGUUCCUGUCGGUGGGCAUCACCGGCUACCUGACGAUCGAGGUCCUCGAGAAGACGGGCAAGCUCAAAAGAGACGGCGAGGGGAAGGUAGUUCCUUUUGACAAGGUCAUAACGGGGAAGUAUUAGACUUAAAAGGAUCAUCAGUCCAACGUUGCAUUCGGACGUAUACACAAACCGCUUCCCAGAAGCUGGUGUUUAUUAUCACUCGGAGCCCAAAAUGCUGGAACUGAUCGUUAUUGCAAGUCCUAAACACAAACUCUUCUAAAAGGAUCCAAUAAUUACCUGGAUACGUGUCUGACUGCGGUCAGAAUAUCAAGGCUUUAGCCGACGCCUGUUAUUCAUUUUCAUAAGCCCAAGGUAUCAGAAUUAACAACUACACGCAUUUAUAAGUCCAAAAUUUUGGAUUUCUCGAAUACAAGCAAUACCAAACGAUAGCAAUAUCCUUGCACAGUAUACAGGUCAAGUCAAAUAGACGAGUUUACAGUUACCAGCGCUUCCCAUGUACAAGUUACAGAUACUAGAAUUCAUAACAAUUUGUUAUUACAAGUUCUUCGAGAUAAAGGGACUCGAAAUAUUAUACUUUAGUAUUUUCGAUUACUGUUCUAAGGUACUGGCAUUUACCACACACACACGUACACAACUUAUAAUUCUUUUCAGGCAUUGAGGCGCGACUCUAGUCUUUCCAGCUAGCUUGUAUAAGCCUGGUUUUAGUAUAAAAACGUACAAACAUAAUUUUCUACCAUUUUGUUCAUUAUAACAGGUUCUUUCCAUAGACUAGCCUUCACACUUACGAGUCCGUCCGACAAGGAAUAUUAAAAGCUGGUGCUUACAAUCACAUUUAUAACAUGAAUACUCGGUCUCCACCGUCGUAAAAUCUCCUGCCACAGACAUGAGUAAUGUUCAUUAGUAUUUGAGUUACAAGUGCUACAGUUAUAAGCUACUGUAUAUCCCUCACCAUAAUUUCAUUGGCAGCUGCAUUUCAGUAUUCCUGUUCAUCAAUGACUUUAAUAAAUACAUGAACAAUUAAGAAAUAAAACCACAUAAAGCUUUUAAUCAAAACAGUUACUACCUGUACAGUCACCUUUUCAAGUGUGAUAUAUCUACAAACACACACACACACACGCACACACACACACACACACACACACACAUAUAUAUAUAUAUGCAUAUAUAUACAUACAUACAUACAUACAUACAUACAUAUAUAUAUAUAUAUAUAUAUAUAUAUAUAUAUAUAUAUAUAUAUGUGGUAUGUUUUUAUGCACAAAUGGAAGUAUGAAUGUAUUUGUUUCAAAUGACAAUUAAUUUCUAUCCUCAGUCGUUUGCAUAAUGUCUGCUAAGACAGUGAAGUGGGUUAGCCUCAUUAACAAAAUUUAGCGGUUCUGCCGCGAAACCUUUGUCUAAUGAUGAUAACUAACUUCUAGAAAUUUGACAAAAAAAAAAACCAUUGAUAUAUUAUGUAUUUUAAAUGAUUAUCUCUCUCAUCCUCUGUUUCUGAAUCAUCGUUGUAAAUAUGUUCAUCUUUCGUCAUCGUGUUAAGUAAUUUGUGAUUCAUUGUAUUAUAUUCAUAGAAUAAUUUGUAUCAUGUACUUUUCAUUAAUAUGUUUGUUAAGGAUGGAAGUUAUGGUGUCUUAAGGAACGCGCUGUGAACGAUUUAAGAAGGUGUGCUUGUAAAUAUACCCUCCACUGAUUUGCUGAAUUAAUUCUUUACAUUUUUAAUGUCACAACGACUACAAUAACUACUGCUAUUGAAUACUACUCCUGUCACUAUCAAUUGUAGCGAUUCAUUUAGCCAAGAUGCUCAAGUUUGCAUGGUUGUAUCGCUUUCCUUCUUAUCUUGAAUGUCGACCAUUUAUUUUCACAGAGUAAUUUCAUGGUCUUGUCAUGUUUCCCAUUUAUUUUUUUUUAUACCCCGUUGCCAAUUGUGGAAUUCGUGUUGGUUCUUACUGCCCUGUUCUGAAGCCACAGUGCUUGGUUUCGGACCUUUGAUACAAAUGCGCUUAGGUGACUCAUGCAUUUUUUGUAUGACGCAUAAAAAAAUUGGCAUGCAUAUUGCAAGAAAAAUGACACGACUGUAUUUUGUUAUAAAUACACAAAUUGCUACAAAUACCAUGGAUUUUGUAUUUUCUGUUGAUGUAACAGCUUGUAAAUAUAUUAAUAUUUUGCACGAUGAUUUUGUAUGAGUUUUCAAUACAGGAUUCGUUAAGAUAA